AUCAACGCUCAAUUUUCUUCAGGGCGCGGUCCGGCCAUGUCUGUGAACCCUGCCACAAUGUAAUCCUUCUCGUAAACAUGAAAAUUCGUAAAGACAAUUAAGAAACGGUAAGCAACACUCGUUCAAAAAAGAACGUUUAGUGGCCGGAAGGCUUGGGCUUGGUAGCCUCAACAGCGCGAGGAGCCUUGGAAGGCUUGGGCUUGGUGGCCUCGACAGCACGGGGGGCCUUGGAAGGCUUGGGCUUGGUGGCCUCAACGGCGCGAGGGUGCUUGGAGGGAGUGGGCUUAGCAGCCUCGAUCAUAGCAUCGCGAGGGUGCUUGGAAGGAGUGGGCUUAGCAGCCUCGACAGCGGCGUCGCGGGGAGCCUUGGAAGGAGUGGGCUUAGCAGCGGCGACAGCGGCCUUGAAAGGGGGAGGCCUGGCAACGUCGACAGCAGCGUCGCGGGGAGCCUUGGAAGGAGUAGGCUUAGCAGCCUCGAUCAUGGCAUCGCGAGGGUGCUUGGAAGCAGUAGGCUUGGCGGCCUCAACGGCAGCAUCGCGAGGAGCCUUCGAGAGAGUGGUAGGCUUGGGCUUGGUAGCCUCGAUCAUAGCGUCGCGGGGGUGCUUGGAGGCAGUGGGCUUAGCAGCCUCGACAGCGGCGUCACGGGGAGCCUUGGAAGCGGUGGGCUUAGCAGCGGCGACAGCAGCGUCGCGAGGGGCCUUGGAAGCAGUGGGCUUAGCAGCGGCGACAGCGGCGUCACGGGGAGCCUUGGAUGCGGUGGGCUUGGCGGCCUGGACAGCGGCAUCGCGAGGGGCCUUGGAAGCGGUGGGCUUGGCAGCGGCGACAGCGGCAUCGCGAGGAGCCUUGGAUGCGGUAGGCUUGGUGGCCUCAACGGCAGCCUCACGAGGGUGCUUGGAGGCAGUAGGCUUAGCAGCCUCGACAGCGGCCUCGCGAGGAGCCUUGGAGGGCUUCGGGGUGGGCUUAGCAGCCUCGACGGCAGCCUCGCGGGGGUGCUUGGAGGGCUUCACGGCCUCGACGGCGGCGUCGCGAGGGUGCUUGGAGGCAGUGGGCUUGGAGGCCUCGACGAAUGCCUCACGAGGGUGCUUGGAGGGCUUGGCGGCCUCGACACCAGCCUCACGCUUGAAGGGGACAGCGAGGUCCUGGAGGCUGCCAGCGGACUCGGGGAGAGCCGGGAGAGGGAGAGCGAUGGGGUUGGAGAUGGGGCUUGCGAAAGCAGAGGCCGCGAGGGCGAGGAUCAAUGAGCUGCGCAUCUUGACUGCAGGAAGAGGAGCAAGAGAGAUAAACUGAAGAACGAAGGAUGAUGGUGUAGAACGAAGGAAGGAGUUGUGUUGAUGAGCUGGAGAACGUUGGAGAGGUCUUGACUCCGUGACUUUAUAUCACUCCCAGAACACUCGUCGACCGUCAUCUUGAUCUUGUUUCUGAUACCAUUUGGAAUGACUCCGCACUGGGCUUCAAGACGACAUCGACGAGGCAUGUAGUGAGUUGAUUAGUGCGAAAUCUUGUCGGUCCUGUAACUUCGUACAUAGCUGUCACGCCGACAUGCAGUAGUCCGGCACCGACAUGCUCAGAAGUACUCAACAAGUAUCUCGAG